GUUCAGAAAGACUCGGGUUAGAGUGAGGCAGUCUGCUGGGGGGUGGUGGCGUCUCUGAUCGGGUGAGUUUUGUCUUCCUUGCAGGAGGAAUGGGGAGCCUGUGUCGGGAGGUAGUCACCCUGCAACUCGGCCAUUACGCCAGCUUCGUGGGGACGCACUGGUGGAAUCUACAGGACGCGUCUCUUUGCUACGAUGCGGACCCCCGCGACCCCCCCAGCCAGGUCCGCAGCGACGUUCUCUUCAGGGAGGGGCGCACGCAGUCCGGACAGACCACCUACACCCCCCGCCUCAUCGCACUGGACCUCAAAGGCAGCCUGAAUGCACUGAGACAGGAAGGCACCCUGUAUGAAUUGCACAGACAGGACAGCACCUUCACAUGGGAGGGCGAGGUGAUGACACACAAAGAGGAGCCGGCUGUCAAGAACCCGUUCCUGCAGGACCUGGAACAGCUGGAUGUGAACAGCUGGAUGUACCCCGCAGCAGGAGAGAUGCAGGGGGAGGUGUCGGCAGAGGGAGACUUCAGCCAGCAGCAGUGCAGAGGCGCAGGGGGCUCGGUGAAUGCCAGUGUGGAGCGCACUCGGAAGUUGUUCUCUCUGGAGGGCAGUGUGAGGGUGUGGUCAGACUUCCUCAGGAUCCACAUUCACCCCCGCUCCAUCUCCGUCAUUCACCAGUACAACCACGACGGGGAGACGAACCGCAUGGAGGCGUUUGGCCAGGGGGAGGCGCUGCUGCGGGAGCCCCUGUUCCUGGAGGAGCUGGAGGACAGGCUGCAUUUCUUUGUGGAGGAAUGUGACUACCUGCAGGGGUUCCAGGUGCUGUGUGACCUGCAGGAUGGGUUCUCUGGCCUGGGCUCUGGAGUCACAGAGCUGCUGCACGAUGAAUAUAAGGGGAGAGGAGUCUUCACCUUGGGGCUGGCACCCAUCACACACCCCGACACUAGCCCUGUAAAGGAUGUGUUUCACUUGCUGAACUCUGUCCUGGGCAUGGUCAGCCUGUCCAAUCACAGCUCUCUCUUCUGCCCGCUGUCCCUGAGGGGGGGGUUGGGGCGCAGACCGCCCCCCCACAUCACCUUCCCCCACCUGCAGUACGACCCCUCCCUAUGGUAUCACAGCAGUGCUGUACUGGCCACGGCUCUGGAAACGCUGACACUGCCCUACCGCACCGUGCAGGACGGCGCCACCAUGGGGCAGCUGGCAGACUCGCUCGCCGUGUCGGGCAGGAAGGUGGUGACAGCAUGUGGCGCGGUCCCCUUUCCCAUGAUGCUCGGCGACUGUCUCCCGGACGCGCUCGCUGGGUGCGGCGCGGCGUUGCCGUGGAGACCGCUGUCGGCCUGCGGGGAGCAGAGUGACGGCCGCUGCUUCGCCCAGGCGGUGUCGCUGAGAGGAAUAGAGGGGCAGAGCCUGGUCAGUCAGUUGGACCCUGGGACCCAACCCCCCUCUCCCCUGCACUGCUACGGCUCUGGAGAGGAGGUGCUGACAGCCUGCCUGCAGGAGCGGUACCCCGGCACACCCAGUGUGGUGCACCUGGUUCAAAGCCCCUGCAAAACGACGACCCCCUUCCCUCAGAUCUUCACCCCAGCCCUGGGCAAGCACGGCUUCCUGGAGUCCAGCCCACGACCAGCCAGCACCCCGGUGGACAGCAUCCCUGUCCUCACGUGUCUCCAGUCCUCCCCUCUCCUGCACCGCUGUCUCUCUGAGCUGCACUCGGAGGUCAGCGCUGUGGAUCUGCGGCAGUUCUGCAGUUUCCUGUCCGCUGGCACGGAGCUCGACGACCUCCGGGAGGCGCUGCAGGACUUCAAGGCCCUGGCCCAGCACUACAGGAUGAACUCUGACCUCGACGCCUCGUCUGAGGAGGAAUCGGACUGAGAAGCAGGCAGUCGGACACCUCGCCUGCCCUCCAAAAACAGGACAGGGACCUAAUUAAAGGAGCUGGGCUGCAGGCUUGUGAAAUUCAGUAGCGAUGCAGCUGGACUGGACCGGACCGUGCAUCAGUGGUUUAGAGAAACCUUGAAGUCUCAGUACUGCAAGGGGAGACCCAGCCACGAGGGCUGGGAGCUGGUAACCAACAAUAAACAAACGCUUUGAGGUCAAGCAGA